AUGCUAGGAUCCCAGGCAGCAACUCUUGCGUUCGUCGCAGUGGGGUCAUUGUCCGCUAUUAUUUGGGAUAUUCUGAGUAAUAUAGCACUCGACUUCUACAUUCUUUGUAACUUUUCAGUCUCGACGACGAUAGUCGUCUACUUUGUGUCCAGAUUUGCGUCACUAGUCGCCUUUGUAUUGGUCUCUAUUCUCAGUACACAAUCUAUGGAGAAUUGUUCGAGGAUGACCGAGGUUCUUUCCUGGAUGAUGGCCGCCUCCCUCUCAUCGACGACAUUGCUUUUCUUCCUAAGGCUCCGGGGAAUAUACGCCGAUAAACCGUACGUUAUCGCAUUUUUCUUCAUGUCGUGGAUAGCAAUCGUCGUGGGAUGCAUAGUCGGAACGCGGUCUAAAUCGGAGAUGAGGGGUGAAAAUGGAGGUUUUGUUAACCAUGGGUACUGUAUAUCAGGCCCAAUCGACCUUUUCCCGCUCAUAACCGCUAUGUCUACAAUCCCUAUGAUCAACGACACCCUAACGUUUGCUGCAAUUACCUGGCGUCUUGUGCGAAUGUCGGAACACGACAACUCCGACCUCAGGAAAAGUUUGAGCACUCUUGUACUUGGACGCUACUUACCCGCCCUCUCAAGAGCUCUUCUCAAAGACGGCCAAGUAUAUUUUUUGAGUACGGUAACGCUUUCCUUUCUUUCUACGACGCUAUACUACGUCGAAGGAUCCCCUCAUACCUUUAGCGCGGGUCUUGUUUUCCCAAACAUUGCACUCAUGAAUCUCAUGGGAUGCAGAAUAUUUAGAAACACCAAAAUCGGACUGCGCGCUUUAGUGGACAACUCUGAAGACACCAACUAUGUUUCGCAGCCAAUAGCCUUCCGUUCAAAUACAGUCAACACGGUGUCAUCACCCACCAGAGUCUCCGAAGCUUGA